UUCACCUUUGACCAUCUGGCGUCACAGUUGUCGAGUGCUAGGGAAAGCUUGGUUGGCCGGUGGAAGUGAUUAACAUACGCACCUAGCAAUCCAGCAGUUCCGAGCUCGAUUCUCGAUAGAAAAGCGGUGGAAGCUUCUGAAUUAAAGUCAUAUCAGUUGCUGAUAGUACACCAUUAUUCCCACAACGCUUAACUAACAUCACAAACUGUAUCACAAAUAACUAAGAUAAAGGAGGUGUAAAUACGUAGCGAGCACAUCCAUUGCUGUAUUAUUUUUAUCAUAUAUACCUCACAUUUCCCUGCAAACAUUCAUGAAGGUACGGCGAUACCAGACCGAGCUUGGGAACUCCAGCCAUGGUCCACGAUGAUAAGACCAACGCCUACGACAAUCAGGCCUUUGAGAGGAGAGAUGGUUCCAUAGAUCUCCAAGAGCCUCCAGCGAAGGGAAAGAAUGGAGAGCUGGUGGGGGCGGUGGUCUCCGGUGUCAAGGUGCUCACCCCCGAGGAGAAAAGGGAGAAGAUCUCCAUAAUAAAGAACAUCAUUAUCAUCUCCAUCGCCUUCAUGUUCCUCUUCACCAGCUACAACUCUAUGGCCAACCUCCAGUCCUCCAUCAACAAAGUGGAUGGGACGGCUGCACUGUCAACCUUGUACGGAGCUCUGGUGGUCUCCUGUUGCUUCCUGCCCUCGUGGUUCAUCAAGACGCUCAAGGUCAAGUACACUAUGGCCGUGUGCAUGCUCUGCUACUCUACCUACAUCGCCGCACAAUUCUACCCGCAGAUCUAUACGUUAGUGCCCACGGCCGUCAUCCUGGGCCUGGGAGCGGCGCCCAUGUGGUCGGCCAAAUGCACCUACCUCACCAAGGUCGGAGCGAGGUACGCGGAGCUCGUGGGAGAUGAUAAAGAGGUCAUCAUCACUCGCUUCUUCGGCGUCUUCUUCCUCUUCUUCCAGUCGACGCAGGUCUGGGGCAACCUCAUCUCCUCCUCCAUUCUGUCGGUGGGGAUUAAUUCAACGGAAAAGAGCGUGGAAGACCUGGAAAAGUGCGGGUUCAACUUUUGCCCCUGGGAUUCCUCGGGCAACAGCAGCAACAGCACCGACUCUGACGAGCCGCCGAAGUGGCAGAUUUACACCAUGGCCUCCGUCUACCUCGUAUUCUCUCUCCUCUCCUCUGUCAUUAUCAUCCUCUUCGUCGACCCCCUUAGCACGUUCGUAGGGAAGGAGACGUACGACGCCACGGCUGACAAGACAGGCGUACAGCUGUUAGUGGCGACCUUCAACCACAUGCGUCACCCAUACCAAUUGCUUGUCAUCCCGCUCACAAUCUGGUCCGGCGUUGAGCAGGCCUUCCUCGGAGCUGAUUAUACCGCUGCGUACGUGUCGUGUGGUCUUGGUGUCCAUAUGGUCGGCUACAUCAUGAUCUGCUACGGGGUGUGCGACGCAGUCUGCUCCGUCAGCUUCAGCCCGCUGGUGAAGAUUGUGGGGCGCGUGCCCAUCUUCGUUAUGGGUUUCAGCAUCAACUUAAGCAUCAUUAUCACCCUUAUAUACUGGUCGCCGAACCCUGAGGACUUGCCUGUCUUCUACAUCCUCGCUGGGCUGUGGGGCGUGUCAGAUGCGGUGUGGCAGACUCAGAUUAAUGCGCUCUACGGUGUCAUCUUUCCCGGGGAGUCGGAGGCGGCCUUCAGCAACUACCGCCUGUGGGAAUCCAUUGGAUUCAUUAUCGCCUACGCCUGCAGCACCGUCGUCUGUAUCAACACCAAGAUCACCAUCCUCCUCGUGUUCCUUGUGCUGGGCUUCGUGGGAUACUUCGCCAUCGAGAUGGUUGAGAGGUGUGGGGGACUCAAGAAGAACAAAGAAGGGAAGGUAGUCACCCUCGAUCAGUUGGUCACGGGGAAAUAUGAGUGAUUAUCGAUAGUUGGUGUUGAUAUUCCCGAUGCCAAAGCGGUCACGAGCUUGUGACCGUAUCAUUAAACCAAAGAAAUAUUGGUUGUGAGUUUCCAGGCCAUCACCAUAAGGACUUUUUUGCAUUUGCUGUGGGGAAACAUCUGCCGUAAGUGUGAUGUGCUGUUUGUACAGAGAGAAAAACUUUGAUAAUUACUUCGAAAAAGUUAUGUUUAUAUUAAUGCAGCAGGCUGCAAGCAACAAAUAUUAUGUAUAUAGAAGAAAAACACAAGAAAACCUUUCUCCUUCCAGAAGGUGUUUAAGGUAUUUUUUUCAUUUGAUUGAAACUGCCAUUAUUAAUUUAGUAAAUAUAAAUGAGUAUAUUGAAGUAAAUAUUUAAUGAGAGUCGUCCGUUUCUGAGAACGGAAAUAUAUAUUAUUAAUAUCAAACUUUUAUUUAAAAGGGUGAUUAUUCUUCGAAGAUUAGCCGGAGUAUCUGUACAGCAUCUGUUGUUGUAUCGAGGCUCUCUCUCGCUGACAACAUUUCUCCUGAAAUGGUCUUUUCUCAUACUGACAACAUUCCUCCUGAAGUGGUCAUUAGGAGGCAAACUCAGAUGAUCUCUUAAUAAUGUUCCUGGUGUAUCAAAAGUUAAGUAUCAUUAUUAUUAUAAACCACUAAGCCGGUAUUACUGUAUAACAUCUGGAAGGGAUGGUGAGUGAAGGGAAGGUGAGGGAAGCCAAGGUGAAUUUGAGGACAUAGUGAAGGAUGUCCAACUGCUUGGACCAUUGGGGAUGGUUUAACCUGGAUGACCAAACUUUAUUUUCCAUACAAGCUGUUGUGGUUGACUUAAUGUAGCUUUCCGGGCUCCUAAAAAGCGGAUAUUCUGUUGUCAAUUGUAAUAUAGCGAUGAUUGUUAUAUAUGUAUAUACUAAUAUAGGUAGAGAAAGAAAACAUACAGACGUAAAUCCCAAACACACGAACGCUUUAAAGCAUAUGCUUUACACACACACACACACACACACACACACACACACACACACACACACACACACACACACACACACACACACACAAAACACAUUUAUAAUUGGGUUGAGGGUGAAGAACAAUCCUGGAAGACGUUGAAGAAAGAAAGCACAAACCAAAUAAUUUGUUGGGAACUUUGUGGCGUAGUGCACAGCGCUCUGUCUCUGAAUUAGAACGUCCUCAACACGAAUCCUGGAAAGGCUUCAAGAAUGCAAGGAUUUCAUACUGAUAAAGUUAACAACAUCGUGGGUUAAGACUGACCCUUCACUCCUUGAGUGGUGCGGUGCUAGCGAGAGGUACUCCACUCAGCGGGGACCUGAAGAGUACCAGUGCGGCAGUUGCUACCGCCAGGGGUCGAAGGUGUUCCCUGUCUCGGUUCGAACUGGAAAUGGAACCCUCUCGGCGGAGACCUGAAGAUUUCAGAUCAAGUCACCGAGGCAACAAAAACACAACACACACACCUACGCGUGUUGUUGUUUUAUAACUAUAUUUCACGAAUGCUAAAGUUGUUAGUGAAACCUCGCUUAACAGUACCGCUAAGGGGAUUAACAGAAGCUUUGGGAGUAGUACACCUCACGAGUUAAUCCAAACAGUAUAGGUUUAAGAGGCAAACGAAAUCUCAAUUUUAUUAUAUGACAAUGAGUACUGGGAAGACGGGACACCACGAGCUUAACUCUCACCCUGUAACUGCACUUAGGUAAUUACACUUAGGUAACUACUCCCCUCGCCCAUCCUCAACAAACACGUAUGAAUGGGGCAUACACAUAUAAACAUGUUUCAGUAAACAGUCUAAAAGAGUUAUUCAGAUCAUCAGACCUUCAACAACAGUUGAACACUGAACAGGAUAGACAGAGCUUCGUUCAGCCACUCAAACACGCAGCUCACAUUACUGGUGAACGAGUAACAACAAGCUUUCAGUUGCCUCAAAUCUGUGCUCGUGAUACAAGGAAAGUUGAUUGAUUACAGUACUGUUCUUAAUAUUACGGAGUAGGAUAUGAUCUUGUAAGCAGUAAUAGACAUACAGGCGGUGCGAGUUAACAUACACUAUGUUCAGUUUUGUGCACUAAUAGGUAAACUUGAAAUAGCUAGGAUUUUGGGUAAUAUGCCAUCCGGAUUAAUCGAACAUUGAUGAUAAUAUGCCAUUAACUUCUUGGAUUCCUUUUUCACUCAGUUACACAGUGAGGAAGAAUGUGUGAAUAGUGUUGCUGACAAAGUUUACAUUUGGUCAGAUCUGCACGAGCUGGUUGUGUAAACUCUUGACGAUGUAGUGGACUUAGUGUAGGACGUGUGCCAACCCUUGGGAUGUGUUCAGUUCAGACCAUAUUAGUCAGUGUCCGUCCUCCUGCAAGUUCACUUGUAUUAACUGAAUUAUUACAACGAGGCUGUAGAUUUUCUUUUGUAUAUAAUUUUUGUAUGAAAAUAAAUACAUACUGAAUC